AUGAAAAAAGAACAUCAGAAAAAUCUGGAUAAGGCAAAUCAAUCAGUUUCACAUUCAACUGCUAUGUGCAAAGAAGUAACUGCAAAGGUUGAAAAACUAAUCUAUGAAGCUCAUACCUUUGUAACAACCUUACAAACUUCUGCUGAUUCAAAUACAUCUAAGGGGAAUGAGAAAAUCCCUCAACAACCUCCGAAGAUCAAUUCUCAUACAUCUGAUCAUGAUGAGCAAGAACUGAAAGUCUCCAAUGAAUCGAAGGAUAAUGUAGCUUCGAGUUCUAGAGGCAAGGGAAAACUUUUAAGUAACAAGCCUAUUGUCGAUAAUAACAAAGAUGAAGAGCCUGAUGAAAACGAACUCAAAAGAAUAAAGGCACGAGAGGCUGAAAUGGAUGAACAUCAAAGAAUCAUCCAGGAGGCUGAAGCGAAAGAGAGAGAAGAGCAUGAAGCUUAG